GCGUCUUUGGAAACCCUCUCCCUUAACUUCAGCCUGGCUCCCGAGAUUCAAGCCAAGUUGUUGGCGGAGGGAUUGACCAAUUUGGAGGAGCUUCGGUUCCUUUUUGACAACGAGGAGCACGUUGGGCGCUGGGUUCAGAAGUUGGGGCUGGGGGACCGGUCUAUGCUCGAAACAUCCAGGCUUCGCCGGGCCUGGUCGGCGGUCCGUUUGUACUUCUCAACUUCCGAGCAAGACCGAUCUAAGGUGGUUUUGACCGACUUGGACACUAUGUUGGAGGACGCAGAGUUGCGGGAUGUCAAGCAGGCAUUUUGGAAGCGUUAUCGUUUGCGCUUUCCUGCGGAGGUUCGGUCUCUGCACUUCCAGCUGACCACUGUCCAGCGUAAGCGAAAGCUGGGUGAGAACUUGUAUACUGAGGAGGUCGAGACAGAGGAGGCCGUGUCCCGCGAUGUGGACACGUAUUUGGACAAGCUCUAUACACUGCUCCUGGCUUAUAGUAUGGCGGGAGUGCACCCGCUUCCAGGGGCUGAUAUGAGCAAGGAAGCCAGUCUGAGUGCCUCUUCUGUGGAGUUCGUCGGCGUCCCUCUGGACGUGAUGGAAUCCCGUGAUGCCCAUUGGGUUGUGCACGCAGCGGCUUUCCCGGUUGGCCAGGGAGAGACCCAGGCCGCUGCCGGGACAGCGGCGCCGCCAGGUGCACAAGCCCCCCAAGUCUCCCAUUUCAAGGAGGGGCCGAGCGUCAACGGGAAGCGCGUGGCAGCGGUUCUCAAGGAUGGCACUCGCCUUUGCCAAGAUUUCCAGACCGGCAAGUGCAACAAUCCGCGGUGCGGCAAGGGUGCCCACAAGUGUGGUGUGGUGGUGCGGGCACAGCGUGCCU